UUGGGGACCGAACGAAAAAAGAAAUCCUCCCCAAUGACGGUCCAUACACAUUAAAUAUAAAUUGGCGCCUCUCUCUCUCUCUCUCUACAGACGCAGAAUAUGGCUGAAAAAUCAGAAAAGCGAUUUGAAGAUGCCAUGGAUAAGCUCUUUCGUACUCCUCUCAAAUCUAAACCCAAUUCCAGUGCAUCUGGAGUUCAAUUGUCAAGAGGCAAAAAACGCCCGGACAUGUCAUCAAGUGGAAAAGUUAACAGGCACAACUUAUCAGCUACUAAAGGUACAGGGGAAGCUCGACCAUGGGACAGAGAUGAUUUGUUUAGAAGGAUAUCUACUUUUAAGUCUAUGACCUGGUUUGCUAAACCACAGGCAAUCAGUGCUGUUAACUGUGCUAGAAGGGGUUGGAUUAAUGUAGAUAUGGACACCAUUGCCUGUGAAGCAUGUGGAUCACGAAUGCUCUUCUCUACUCCGCCAUCUUGGACACAACAACAAGUUGACAAAGCGGCCUUGGUGUUCAGCUUGAAGCUAGAUAGUGGACACAAGCUACUUUGCCCUUGGAUCGAUAAUGUCUGUGAUGAAAAACUAGCAGAUUUUCCACCUACAGCUACUGCUGUGCUCGUUGAUCAGUAUAAAAUGCGGCAUUCUGUUCUAUCACAGCUUGCUGCUCUUCCCGUGAUUUCACCUAAGGCCAUUGAUUUCUUGAGAAGCCCUCAGUUGGAACAAUUUCUACGAGAAUCUUUGACUGUGGAACGUAAUGAGUCCAUGGAAACUACCCAAGAAGAAGACACCAGAAAUGAACCCGUUUCAGUGUCUUGUCUCACAUAUUAUCAGGCACAAAAGCUCAUUAGUUUAUGUGGCUGGGAACUCCGCAGACUGCCAUAUCUAGUUGACCCCAAGGAUCAGCUGAAUCAAUCUAGUAAGGAUGCCAAUGUCUCAGAUAAGUCUAUGUUGAGCGGAAAAAGUCAGACUAUUACUGUCUACAGUUCAUCUACUGAUAAGACUUCUGAGAGCAAGCCAGCUGAUGACAGUCAAGCUUCUGAAGAAGCAAUCAUCAAUCCAUAUUCUGUUGUUCUGGACUGCAGGCUUUGUGGGGCUUGUAUAGGUCUAUGGGAUUUUCCCCUGGUUUCUCGGCCUUUGGAAUUUCUACGAGUAAGUGGAUACACACAGGUGAACAAUGAUCAUAUCAGUCACACCGAUGGUGGUAAAAACCUUCUUUCAGGCAACAGUGAUCGUGAUGAGAAUAGAGAACGCAUAGGGCACGUUGCAACUCCUGGUGACACUACGUUAGAUAGAACACCACCAAAUUUAAACUUGACGAUUGCAGGUGGUCCUCCUCCAGCAACACAUAAUUAUAUGGCGAAAAUAUCUCUGCCAAUCAUUGGACGGAAUUUGAGAGCAUGGUUUAUUGCUGAAUCUGAGCUUAAGGAUGAUUUAGUAACCAAGAGCUCAUCUGGUGUAUGCAAAAACCCGGAGUUUCUUGCAGGAGAAAAUACUGAGGAAGGAACUUCAUUGUCUACAUCAGAAGUGAUUACAGAAGCUCCACCAGAAAACAGCCAGGCUGCAGCACAAGUUUCUGGUAACACCACUGAAAUGGCUGAUAAUGCAGAAAGUGUGAACAAGGUUGAUCCAGCAGUCACGGAUCAUUGUAAGGACAAGGCUGGAAAUGAUUUUGGAUCAAGUGGCAAGGAUAGUGUCGCAAGUCGUGUAGGGGGAAGUGGUGAGAGCAGAGUGAUGGUUGAGGUUAACAAUUUUACACAAGGAGGGGAGCAAGGCAAUGGGAAUGAUGUUGUUAUGGCUGGAGUGCGUCCUCUUAUUCAUGACAUUUCACCUAGUCGAGGGAAGGAGUUGCAAAUUCUAUCCGUAGAUAAAGCUUUGGAGUUUGAUCCCUUCAGGCUGCACAGAUACUUUUGCCCCUGGAUUGCAUCUAAUGGUGGCUCUCCGCCAGGAUGGGAACAAACAUUAUCUGCUUUAGAGCGUCAUGAGGAAUCUUGUUCUCCUUUGUCCAGUUAUGCUCCAUCUUCCUUGAUUAAGGUGGAUGAUCCCGUUGCUUCAGUGCAAAAGCUUUUUACAUCUCCAACGGCCAAACGAAGGAAGCUUGUUCGUCCAAGUUAAUUCAACAAAGUUAUCCAUGUGAUGGAGUACACCCCAUGUUUCACGAGGAAAAUGACUUUCGCCAAGCAGACUGGGUGAUGAGAUUACCUUCUCAGUGGAGACAGUUUCUGCGUCUUAUUGCCUAUAUUUUACCUGGAUGUCACAACUGUGAACUUUUGAAGAAUAGCUGUAGAGGAUGCACCUCUAUUCUAGAAUUGUCAUAGUGGCUAAUUAGCAUGACAUUGUUUGAUAUGAUUUCUCCAAAGUGAAAUUAUUGAUUACUUAUUUGGAGAGGGUUGUAAUCUGCUCUUUUUGACAGAUAAAGUAAACAAGGGGAAGACACUGUAAUUGUUACCAUUGAUGUAAGCUCUCGGACGAGAGGUAAAAUUGCAUGGAAUUUUUUGGUACAUGAGUUUUGUACACUUUUAGCUGAACAGUUCUUCCUCUUAACAGAAAUGAAAGGACAAAAAUCUCUCAACUGCAUCUUUGAUCAUUCCAUCAAGCCGCAAUUUGUUAUUUUCACCUUUGAGUAAGGUCUGUUGAAGCCUCUCUCUGCAACUACAGCCCUUUUAUCUCCUAUCAACUUGGCUGCCCUG